AUCCGCAGAGAAGACUCCCAAGUGCCAGCGCUGCAAGAGUUAAGCUAGAGGCCUAGCGAGUCGCUGGCACAGGUCCCGGCAGCUCUCACGGCAGGAAUGUUGCCGGGAAGCCACUGCAUCUGCAAAACAAGAUUUGAGAUGUCGAAAUCGGUAGCGCCCCCUCCCACUCAGGAAAAGGAAGCGCCUGUAGCCCAGUUACCUGCUGCGGGUUCCCUGCUGCUCAUACCAGAAUCUCCAUGUAGGGGUGCUACACGCCGGCUCCUUCCGCGCUACAGCUUUAGAACUCCGCUAUGCACCCAUUUGCUUUUUUUGUUAUUCUGUCUGGUCUGGCUGCAUACAAAGCUCAACUUUGCAGCAAUGAUGCUGUCGUAUGUGAAGACAUGUUCUAUGUUUCAAAUGGAGAACCGGUCCGCAUGUCUUCUUGUGGGGACAUAAAUGGCAGUGCUAACGUAACAUGGUUUAAAAAUGAUUCCCAAAUAUCAUUUACUUCAGAUCCACAAUCACGAAUUCACCAAAAUGAAAAUGUUCUCUGGUUUAUCCCAGCAAGCUUAGAUGAUGCAGGAUUGUACACAUGCAAUGUCAGAAAUGUUACAUACUGCACCAGGCUGAUUGUUUUUGAGAAUGAGGAAGGCUUGUGCUAUAACAGAUCCACACUGUUCUAUAAUGAGCAGUAUUUGGAAGCCAUCAAAAUCGUAUGCCCAUCUAUAACGGAUUAUGUUGAUGUCUCCAAGGCUCAGGUUAAAUGGUCUAAGAACUGCAAUCCUUUGCAACCUGAAGAUAAGUAUUUAGCUUUGGCCGACUCCCUGAGCAUAAAGAAUUCUGUCAAGGAAGAUGAAGGGCUCUAUACUUGUGCUGUGCAGUUUCACUACAAUGGGACAGAAUACUCAUUGACUCGGACUAUUGAGUUGAAAAUUGCAGUAUUGGCAACUUCUUCUUCUCCAAUGAUGUUAAAUCCUAGUAACAGCAUUCAGAAGGUGGAGCUAGGAUCUCCCAUAAGCCUCAAAUGUGAAGCGAUCAACGGUGUUGAUGUUAUAAUGAUAUGGAUGUACAAUAAUUCGUUUGUUGAUGAAUUCUAUGGUUCUGAUACCAGAGUUAUAAUUGGAGAGACCUUUUCUUCAAAGACUGAGGAUGGAGAACUCAUGUGGAUGAGAUAUCUGAACUUUACAGAGAUUAAGGAAGAAGAUUAUAACAGAAAGUUCUAUUGUCAAAUUGCUAAUUCAAUGUCUGAAGCAUACGUUAUGCUACAACGUCCAGAUCCGAAUUUCCAGCCCUUUUUGAUUGCAUUUUUUGUAUCACUGAUUUUCGUCAUUAUUAAUAUUGUAAUAGCCAUCAAGAUUUUUAAAAUCGAUAUUGUCCUUUGGUAUAGGACUUCUUGCUUUGGUCGGAAAAAUCUAAAAGAUGGAAAGCUCUAUGAUGCUUACAUUAUGUAUCCGAAAAGUCUCAGUGGAACCAACUCCUAUCCCAUGGACAUCUUUGUACUAAAGGUGCUGCCUGAGGUUCUUGAAGUGCAGUUUUCAUACCGACUUUUUAUAUUUGGACGAGAUGUAUUACCAGGGGAAGCCAUGUCUGAUGUUAUUGAUGAAGCUAUCUCCCAAAGUCGAAGAUUGGUCAUUGUUUUAGGAGGCAUUCAAACAAGAAACUAUUUAAAGGAUGACUUUGAGCAGCAAAUCGCAAUGUACGAUGCCCUUAUUCGGAAUAAAAUUAAAGUAAUAUUGAUAGAAUUAGAGAAAGGCACUGACUACACCAGUAUGCCAGAAUCUAUCCAGUAUAUCAAACAAAAGCAAGGUGCCAUCCGAUGGAAAGGAGAAUUUACACAAGCAAAUACAAAGUUCUGGAAACAUAUGAGAUACUAUAUGCCCCCAACUCAGGCAAAAAACCUGCAGCACUCGGACAGCACUAAUCUCAAUAGGUGCUGAUACUCAUGUGGAACUGCAACAGUUUUCCCACACAUAGGAGCAUUUCCUAAGGCUCUGAUAAUCAGAGUUAUUAAGCUGGUCACACAUGGACAAAUAACGCUGGGCAAAUGGUGUUGUUAUCCAACACAUAUAUGGGGCAUUGAGUUGUGCCCUACACUAGCUGAUGUUCUGAUCAGGAUCUGCUUCAAACCAGUUUGCCCUUGGGCAUUAUCUGUAUCUCAGGGCACAAAGUGACCUUGCAUAUACUAAUAAUUAUUAGUAGUGAGUACACACAUACCUCAUUGUUGCAAAGCAUUUUAAGGCUUAUUUAUUCGUCAGAGAAAUACAUAUUACCCAGAAUACCACUUUAUCCAGAAUGUCUUGGGGUUGCUGCCACCUUAAUCAGUCAUGAGACGUGUGGUGUGCAGAACUGUAUUGGGUAUGGAGAGGAAGAACAAUACUUGAGGAAUCCCAUAGACAAGUCACUGGCACAAGACUGCAAGGUAGAGUCUUGCAGCAGGUUAGGUACCCACACAAUACUCACAAAUUAGUCGGCAUUCGGACGGACAAGCCUGGAUGUUCUGACUGUGCAGGUGGUCCGCGGGUAAUCAGUGAAGGUAAUCCAGGAAGUUGCGGGCAAAAAGAUCUGAGCUCCCCAGCGAUCGUACUGAUUUGUGACCUCACUUCUGGUUCUCAAGUCCUGCCAAGAAAUACUGACGUCACUGGAUGGUUUGAAAAGAUGUUCGAUAUAGGGCAGAUUAGGCCAGUGAAAGACAUCAUAGCCAAUGCGAGUCCGGGGUCAGGUGCGUGUCUACAAAUACAGACCCUUGCAGGACGCAUACUGCAAGAUCUCACAGGAGCCACCUCAUGGAGAAGUUACAACCCCUCUUAGGCUUCUGCUGUUUACAAGCUUGCCCACAAUAUUUUAAGAGGGUGAAGGCAUGCAGGAACGUAGUACCUUUUAGGAAAUUAACCAGUUUAUCUCUUUGGUCUGUGGCACAUGUGUUGCAGCCAUUAAAGGGACACGAUUGCUUUAAUAAUUGUCUUCUUGUAUUUGCCAUUGCAAUGAAUGUAUAUUUAUAUGGUUUAUUUUAUUUUUUACUUAACCUAUUUCACUUUUGUUAUACUUCCAUUUCGAUUUAACACAGGGGUGCCCAUAGUUGUUUUGGCAAACCAUCCAUUUGUAAUCUCAGUUACUGUAAAAGGAUUUCACUUGUAACCCCCAUAGAUCUCAAGGAAGCAUGUGCUGAUCCAUUGGCCUCCUUGUUAUCAUAGCUAUUACUCCCUCCUCAUAACCAAUCAUUAUAAGUUCUAUGUUCAUUCACACUGAAAUAGUUUUUGUUUUCUAUUUAAAGCUCUUAUUAGUAAUAUUAGAUAAAUACAUUCAUACAAUGAAAUACAUUCAUUUUAA